UCGUGACUCGAAGGCAAAAUGAGAAGAAAAUGCCGACCUUCCCCUCAAUAAAUUCAGAGCUGCCAGUAAGGACGAUGCCUCUUACACGGAAAUGGAGAAUUUAAUGGCCCGUAUGCUUUUGCCGUGAACUCUGAAACGUGUCCUUGAUUUAGCUCAUAACCAACGCCUUUCAUAGUAUACCUACCCUCAAGAGAAAAGCCUAACAUAUCUUCUACUACUAUUUAUAUAUCCCUCUUUCUCUUCUCUUUCGCCUCCUUCUCCCAGUCAUGGAAAAGCUCCAAGAGUCAACAAAUACCCACCAGCAAAAACCCAUCUCUGAUAACCCUCUUGUUUGGGACUGUGGAAGCACUCUUUAUGAUUCUUUUGAGCUCAAAUCUUUCGAGCGUCAACUUUACUCUGCUAUACAUUCAAGAACUUUAUCCAUGCCUCAUUUACCUGAUCGAAGAGUGCCUGUGGCAGUAGAGAAUUCUCAGCCUCCUCUUCCUCUUUCUCUUCCUCCUUCUGUCUCAAAGAAAACCUCUAAAAUUUCUCGGUCACUUAACAAGUUCUUGAAAUCCAUGUUCAAGUCUAAACAGAAUUCUAGCGGCAUAUUUGGUAGUAAAGGUCGACCGGGCCAUGAAUACUACGUCGUUUAUGAUAAGUCUGGAGCUCUUUCCACCAUCCCUGAGGUGCCGGAGAUUGAUUUUGGCGGAUUCUCACCGGAGAUUAAUUCCUUGGUGAGGAGAACUGGGUCGGAGAGGUUCACGGCCAGUUCCAUGAUGGGUAUUUCAUGUGCCUAAUAAUGGUCUAUAUAGAUCAUAUGAACAUAGUUUUUGUAUAAUUACAGAUUAGGAAUAAUAUAUUUUUGUUUCCCUUGUUAUGUUUUUGUUGUAUAUAUCUGUCUAUCUAUCUAUGAUACUAAUUUCUUCUUGUUGCUUA